CAAUCACAUGUCAUCUUUCGUUCUUCCUCGUUUUCCCUUGUUCACUCUCUUUAUCUCUCUUUGGGAUUUCCGUGGUUUUUGGAGGAGGGGGAGCGGGACUCCUGCCUGUAGUAUUUUUGUAUUCGAGACGAGUUUCUCCUUUUCUUUUCCUUUAGCCAGUAUGUUAUUGCCCGCGAGGUGCUAAAACUGCUGGCCUGCUCUGAGAUUUCGAAAGAGUUUUCGGUAUAUGUUUUUCUUAAAUUUUCAGAAAUGGAAGAUGAAUAUGCAAAGCUUAUCUGGAGGAUGAAUCCCCCGAGGGUUGUAAUCGACAACGACGCUAGUCAAGACGCCACCGUUAUCCAGGUUGAUAGCGUUAACAAACAUGGGAUUCUCCUGGAUGUUGUCCAAGUUCUGACGGAUCUCAACCUCAUAAUAAGAAAAGCCUACAUUUCAUCUGAUGGGGUGUGGUUCAUGGACGUGUUUAACGUGAUUGAUCAGAGUGGAAACAAAAUCAGAGACAAGGAAGUCAUUGAUUACCUCCAAAGGAAACUUGAAAACAAUCCCGGGUUUGUGCCUUCAUUGAGAGGGUCUGUAGGGGUUGUUCCUUCAGAAGAGCACACCUCGAUUGAACUCACAGGCACAGACAGGCCUGGUUUACUGUCUGAAGUCUGUGCAGUUCUUGCAGAUCUUCACUGUAAUGUUGUAAAUGCUGAGAUAUGGACACAUAAUACCAGAGCUGCAGCUGUAGUUCAUGUGACUGAUGAUUGCAGUGGGCGUGCUAUCAAGGAUUCUUCCCGUCUCUCUACUAUAAGGGACUUGCUUUGCAAUGUCCUUAGGGGGGACAGUGAUCCGAAGACAGCACGAACAACACUCUCACCGCCUGGAAUUACAAAUAGGGACAGAAGGCUACAUCAGAUUAUGUUUGCUGACAGGGACUAUGAAAGGGUUGAAAAAGAUGGAAAUGGGGGAAUCAGAGAUAAGAGCUCAUUCCCCCACGUAAACGUGUUAGAUUGCAUUGAGAAAGACUAUACUGUUGUCACCAUGAGGGCAAAAGAUAGGCCAAAACUGUUGUUUGAUAUUGUUUGCACCUUAACAGACAUGCAGUAUGUAGUUUUUCAUGGUGUAGUCCGCACAGAUGGGACUGAAGCCUAUCAGGAGUUUUAUAUUCGGCAUGUCGAUGGUUUUCCCAUAAACUCAGAGGCUGAGCGAGAACGUCUUGUACAGUGUCUUGAAGCAGCCAUUGAAAGGCGAGCAUCUGAGGGGAUGGAGCUCGAGCUAUGCACAGAAGAUCGUGUAGGACUCCUUUCAGAGAUAACAAGGAUAUUCCGGGAGAACAGUUUAUGCAUCAAGAGAGCAGAAAUAUCAACAGAAGGAGGAAAAGCCAGAGACACUUUUUAUGUCACAGACGUGACUGGGAACCCAGUUGACCCCAAGAUCAUUGAUUCAAUUCGCAGACAGAUUGGCCAGACAGUACUUCGGGUGAAACACGACUCGUCGAGUCUUCCACCAAAAUCCCCUCACCGGACAACGUUCGGGUUCCUCUUUGGGAAUUUCUUUAAAGCUCGAUCUUUUCAGAAUUUUAAGUUGAUAAGAUCUUACUCUUAAAAUCUUACCUUCCUAUUUAUUCUCAGCAUUAAUCAUCAUCAGCCCUCUCAAACCAAAUGUAGAGGUCAACGACACGGUAAAUAUGCAUCUUCCUCACUCAGGAGGGGCAGGUAGAUUCAUCCUGCACAUAGUCGUCUGUAUGUGUACAGAAGUAUGUUACACGGGUCUUACGUAGAGUAAACUAGAUUAUCAACAAGAAAUAACUUUGGGUUGUACGUAUGGAGUUAAGUUUGGUAGUUUUACACAUGUAUAUAAUGGUGGGAAAGGUGCCUUGGCCAAAGAAAAUGGCGGGAAAGAUGUAAAUAUUUCAAAAUUCUGUGUAUAUAAUUAUAUACUUUAUUUCCUGCAUAAGUCGACUACAUUAUUAUAUCUUUU